AUGUAUCCCUAUAAUCACUCGAUCGACCCCAGUGCACCACCGUUCAACCCUUCUCCUCGCACUGUGCAACCCCUUCCGCUCAAUCAGAAUUUCCGUUUCCCUCCUCUACCACCGGACAUACCACAACAAUCAAUCUCGCAACCUCAGCCUCAUCAUCCCCAAGAACCAUAUGGGCAUUCUCGACAACCCUCCCAGCUGAACCCUUCGGCAUCUUCAUUUUCUUUCAGACCUUUGGAAGUCAGCCCACCGGUGGAUGAUGGCGUGAGCAGAUUAAAGAGGUAUCAUGAUGAUCCGUCAGCACUGGGUAUAGAUUAUGGUGACCCAGUGGAAGAAACUUAUGAGAGGAGGGUAUCACCCAGGAGAAAAGCUUUGGCUAGAGCUAUGGAAUUUACGCCUCCAACUCAGCCUAUCAAUUACAAUAAGUCAUACUUGAUGAAAAUUGAACCAAUACCUGCGCAGACUUUGACCAACUACGAUCCUCCACCUCAUAUGAUACCUCAACCUGAUCCGACUGUUCGACCAGCCAUGCCCACCCCUACUCCGACUCUACAUUUACAACGUGAUAGUCAUCACUACAUCUCCGACCGAGCAAUGUUAGGUAUAUCUCGCUCAGCGACUAUCUCACCUCAAUCUAACAUCCAUCCCGCACAGACCUUUCAAACACCUCCACCACCAUUGAAUCGAGCCUGGACACUGGACUCAUCUUCGCGUACUUCUUUAUCACCUCUCAACCAAUCUCAUAAGGGAUUACCACUAACUUUAUCACCUCUUCAUACGCACGUUCAACAAGGCAGGAUCUCACCUUCGCAUUCAGUCAUCAGCACACCAUACGACUCGAGGUCGGUCUCUUCUCCAAUAGGCGAUAGGAGGAUUGUAUCGCUCUCGCCCAACUUCGGUCAACGGAGACAGGAUUCGAUAUCCCUUCCAUCGUCCGAAAGGAAAUAUAGAGGAUAUAGAGCUAAGGAAAGUGGUCCACCAAAAGCCGUAUUGGGUGGUCCGGGAGGUAAAACUUUUGAUGAAAUGCUAGCUUUGAAGACCUCUCCGAACCUAUCCCCUUCAAAAGGCCCAUCGAGCGUAGGGGAGUUGUCUACUUCAUCAAGACAAGUUAGCGGUGCGAGUAGCAAUUCCGAAUAUAGGUAUAAAGGUAAUCCGAUAACGUUCAAAUUACCUCCAUCAACCUAUUCCCCACCUGACUCGCCGCUUAAACCACUACAUCUUCCUGAAUCGCCUGAUCUGCCGAUCGGAGAUCAAGACGAAAUGGCGGAAGGCGAGGAGGAGUUCAUGGAAGAAGAGAGGAAACCGAGGAAAGAAGCUUUCCCAUGGCCGAAACCGAGGAUCAGAUUAUCCCCUACCGGUGUUCCCUUACCUCUCUCACCUGAUCGGCCCGGUGAGAAUACAUUAAGAAGACCAAGUAUAGAUUUGUCCACGGACAAGGAACAAGAGGUGAAAGAAGGGAUGUGGAACGGAAAACCAGUAUUGAUAUCUUUUCCUGAUGAGGAUUGCUGGGAGAAAUUACGACCUCCUACUCCGUCUGAAGCAGAGGCUGAAGAGCUUGAAGAGCACGACGAAACCGAAGCUGAAAUUUCGGCUGUAUUGGGUUACGAAAUGCCUGUUUCACCCAUUGCAGAGGAUGAAAAUGGGGAAGAUUCCAAAUCGGUUAACAUGGUCGAAGAAACUGUUCCAGCUCAGGAAAAGGAUAGACCAUGGGAUGAAUAUCCUUUAUCGCCCAGUCGACCUGUCAUGAAAGAGGAUAUUCAUGUCGAAGUCGAUAAUCGGCAUGUUGAAGGAGAUACGACUUCCGAGCGAUUCACUCUGGUACCACAUCCCAGUCUUCCCCCUCGACCUGUUACCCGAGAUGAUCGACCUCCUCCGUCGUAUAGCUCAGAGCUUAUCAGUCCGAGCAAACGAUCUUUCUCGGAUGCACCAUUGGGCAACGCCGAUUUCCUUAAGAAACAAUUAGGCGGGGUUCUGAAAGAUCCUGAAGAACUGAAAGGCGAGAAACAAACGAUAUCCCCAGCGCGUCAUAUGAGAGAUGGAUCCGGAGGGUCUUCUGCUCGGUCUUGGAAACAAUACAAAGACAUCGAAGUCGAGGGCAAGGGAAAUGACGAAGUCAUCGCAAAGGAGAUUGGACAUUUACCUUCGCCAAAAGGAAAAUCGAAGAUGAGAGCUUGGAGUGAUAAUGAAAAUGAAGCUGAGAAUCAAAUCUCUGGGGAAGAAGAUGAGAAGAUGUCGAUCUCCAGUCCUGAUCGGCUGAUCAAGAAUGUGAUUGACAUUGAACAACAUGAUCGGCAACUCCCUGCGCCGUCACAAGAUGAAUCGGUCGAGCUUGAUGCUGAAAUCAUCAACCAUUCAUCAAAGGUAGAUAUCAAGCUGGCUCCGAAAUCAGGCUCUAGGAUGAGAGCAUGGAGUGAUGAAGAGCCAAAUAUAGUAUGGGAGGAAGAGGACCAACUGGGACCAGAAUCCGUGUCUAGCCCUGCGAGGCUGGAACAAUCUUCUAGCGAGUUUGCCGAGGAAGAACAUCUUCCGCAAAAUACCAGUAUACAAGAGCAGAUCAUUGAUGUUGAUAUUGCACCAAAAACGGGAUCAAAGAUGAGAGCUUGGAGUGACGAUGGUGACGAAGCCAUGUCGUCAGAUGGAGAAAGGGAAAUACGAGAAACCGUAUCAGGCCCAGCACGGUUAGAACGAUCGGCCUCCGCCCCUCACGAUGGUGCCAAGGGAGAUAUCGAUCUCGCCGCUGAUCAGCUAAAAGAGUACACUGCCGAUUCUAUCUUUCCUGGAUCAAGCUCUCGUCUUCAAGCUUGGACACCUUCACCUGAACCAUCGAAAAUGCGAGCAUGGGGCCUCGAAGAAAAUAUCAAUACGGUGGAAGCAGUAUCUGCACCAGCUAGGAUGCCGGAUAAUGAGGAUGUCCAUAAGAAAAGUGCUUCCGAUGAGGUUGACAGAUGGCAGAAUGAUAAGUUCAAUACCUCCGAGAAGUUCGAGGAUGUGCCGCUUACGGCUACGGAAACUUCAAAGAUACGCCCUUGGGAGGACAGUACGCUGAAGCCUGUGGAAGAGAUUGAUGAGAGAAAGAGUAUUAGACUGGAGAAAAGAGGUAGGGAUGAAGAUGGGGAAGAGGAGGAUUUACUCCAUGGUGGAUCCAGGAUGCGUGCUUGGUCUCAAGAUAUUCUUGUGUCGACUAUACGGGAUCCAAAUCCUGUCAAAUGGUCCCAGAACGGUGAUGAGGUGCAAAAGCAAUCAUCGGAUUUUGCACCCUUCCUGGACAAGCGGCCUUUCGAGUCAGAGCAACUCAGACAGAAAGCUUUGGAGGCGAAGGAAACCUCAACGUCUGAAGCCGCAAGUAUGGCGAAACUGAAAGUCCUGCGUGCACAAGUCCAAAAUACGAAAAGGUCAAGGAAGAAAGGGAAGAAAAGUAUAGACGCAGUCACGUCAAGCGAUACCGUCAGGCCAAUGGAUGACAUCAGCAUGAUCCAAGAAGGAUCGGAGGUUUUUUCUGUCAACAUACGAUCAUCAUCAGCCGAAGACGUUGACAAUAACAUCACCAGCCAGGCUGGACCAAUUCAAGUGGAUGUUACCUCACCUCAAGCCAAACGACUGCGUCCGACUGCCGAGCCAUGGACACCACCUUCAUCCACUCUCGGGUAUGGUGCUUUAGGUAUAUCCACCAGACGCCCUCAACCAGCUACUGCAGUACAGAGACUCCCACCAGAUGCAAAAUCUUUCGUACCCCAGUCGACAUCAUUCCACUUCACCGUUCCUUCCUCUCAUCCUGUUGUCGAUCCCAAUGCACAGUUAUUCGUACCAAGAUCAACAUUAUUCACCUUCGCUUCUCCGAUACAUCCUUCGAUGAUACCGGCCCCUCCGCCCUUCGUACCCAAAGCGACAUCAUCCGCCUGUAUGCCACUCGGUAAUCCACCACCAUUUACACCCUCUGCAGCCCCAUUCAUACCCUCAUCAGCUCCUCAUGGUAUGUCACAGCUCAGUGGCAGUCAUCAGCGACACGGCUCGGAAGCUUCUUCUUCCUCGCUCAACGGGAAGAAGCUUCGUCCGACCGCCUUAGCUUUCAACCCUCCACAGGCUUCACCUACGAAAACAAAGGGUUCCGAUUUCACAUUCCCAGACACCAGAAUCAGAGCUGCUUCUCUUACAUCGAGUAACGGUGAAAAGACACUCCGACCUACCGCCACCACCUUUGUCCCAUCAUACGGGUCCAUCCCUUCAUCCACAAAACCCAGACUGCAACCUUCGGCCAUACCCUUUGUCCCACCUGCAAGUAUCGCAUCAAGUGUUACCGUUACUUCACCAGUUAAAUCACUUGCCAUGUCUCAGACUCGCUCGGACUUCGAUACAGGCGAUAGCACGGCAUCCACGAUACUGGUCACUUCGACUACCAAGGCGGAUGCGAGCGUUCCAUCAGUACUCGAUCUGCCGACACAAGAUAGGUUUCAGGAGGAUCUUGGCGAAAUCCACGAUUUGGCAAGACCACCUAGCUCCAACGAACCUAUACUUACGCCCGCUGAAAUUGUACUCGAGCAACAUCGACCUGAUUCAGUGGAAAGUGGUUUACAAGUGAUUCCACCGGGAAGAGGAAGAGCUGAUACGGUUGCUUUCGGUCCUUCGAGUCCCAUUGGAGGAGGUACUUUUGAUCUAGAAGAAAACAAAUCACGAUUGCAAUCAGAUGAAGACGAAGAGGAACGAAUUGAGGAUAGUGUUGUCGGUCAAGAAGGGCUUUUCUCCGAGACACAUCUUUUGACAACUCCAAGUGUUACUGGACAUGAUGUUCUGGGAAUCAGGGAGGCGUCCCCUCGAUUGAGCGUUAGCGAGAGGGAUUCUAGAGCAUCGGAAGGCAGUCAUAGUAGCGAGAGAAGCCGAUCUAUGUCUUCCGACCGUCCCCCUAGGGAUGAUCGACCGUCAAUGCGAAGGGCAGAAGAGAAUUCAUACCAUCCACUCGAUACACCUACUCUACCACUCAAAGAACCGAUCAUCCCCCUGAAGGAAAUAACCAUCCAUCCCUCUCAUCCUGUUCAGCUCCCACUUACACCCCGGCCUAACGUAGAAGAAGAACCUGAUGCACCUGUGUCGGCGCAUACUACAGUGUUAUCCGGCGAGGCCAGUAUCGGGUCUGAGACCUUGGCGCAUACUGGACGACCAUCCCUUUCUAGACCACUACCACCUAUUCCUGACCCAAAAGAUAUCACCGCUUCUACUGGUCCAUUCCUCCCAGCCAAGGUCGACGAGUAUACCACCCCACCUCAAUCCACUGGAGAUACUUUCGCUUCUGCUGCGUAUAUGACAGCAGAUGGAUCGCCCUUGAUUCCAACGCGGAUCUUUGUCGAUACGGAUAAUACACCCCCAAAGACGCUUAGAAGGCCUUUACCUGAUAUACCGACUUGGAGGGACCCCAUCCCAAUUUCUACGCCAGCGCCAUCCUCUGGAAAUGCAGUUGGGGAUCUUGUAGAAAUGUUAGAGGAUUAUGGUGGAGCCGAGGCCGACGGAGACGACCAAGAAUUGGUCUAUCCCAAAGUUGAUAUUGAUACUAGCAGAAGGAAAAGAGGGUUCGAUAGAUCUGCUGCACCAAGUCCUGAAUUACCUUCCAAAGUAAAUGGAGUGGAACCUAGUCCUGAUCCUUUGACAGUGAAUAAUAAAUUCAGAGAAUGGACUUUCCCGAUAUCUGCUCCGAGUGGUAUCUACGAGACAGGACAUCAGGUCAAACCGUCGAUUAUCAGAAGACAUACGAUGCCUACGGAAGAUCACUUGGACGAGCUUGUUUCUUCGCCUGCCUCAGCGGAAGCUACGAUGGGAGUUGCUUCGACGUUCGCUUCGAGAGUAGGCGAGCUCAGGGCGUACUUACGAGCGGACGAGGAGAUUUCGAGAAGGACCUCGGUAGAGUUCCCUAUGAGGGAAGAUAAGAGGAAAUUAGGAGUGGUCAAUGUGGAUCAUGAAGAUCAUGAGAACGCACCUGGGUCCGCUCAACAAGGAGGCAUGGCUGCGAAGGUUUCAGUACAUGAUGAGAGGUUGGAUGAGAUGCUAGAUCUGCUGAAGAAGCGGGAUAGUAUGCCAAACAGAGCUGAAGAGGAUCUGGAUGGGCUGAAAGAUUUGAUUGUUAGUGCUGUUCAAGAUGUCAUCUCUCAGCUUGAUGUCCAACGCCAAUCAAACACACCAGAAUCGCUUGAAAGAAUCGCAUCGUUCUUGCAAGAGAAUCCCCGUCUUCUCACUUCCUUGCGCGAUACCGACAAAUUACCUCUUACUCCUACCCAUCAGGAAGCUCAAGGGGGUCACAAAGAACGAUCCCAGACCCAGUCCCAUGACCUAAUCGCAGCCAUACUCACAGGCCAACAUGCGAUUCUCUCCAAAUUUGACGAAGUGGCCUCUACUCAAUUAUCGGGUUCUGCAACCUUAACCCAGGCGAUCGAAGCAUUACAAUAUGCUCAGCAAGCAGCCGAACAAAGAGCGAGGGAAGAAGAUGAUCAGCGUGCGAUAAUCUCAGCAUUGAGAGAGGAGAUUGAAGAUAACCGCAUAACCAUAUCUGAAUCUCGUGCACAAGCCGAUGUGCUGAAUCAGCGAUUGAAGGAUACAGGGCAGGAUAGAGACGAGCUGAGAAUUCAAUCUGAGGGAAUGAUGAGUAGGAUGGAAUCGAUGAGUGUGAGACAGAACAAGUUAGAAGGUGAACUGGAUGGAGUGGUCGCUAGGGCUUUGGCAGCUGAGUUGGAAAGAGAUGCUUUGGCGAGGAGCGUCAAUGAAAGUAGGGACUUGGAGGAUGGAUUGAGAAGUGAACUAAGGGAAUAUCAAGAACAGCUCGAGAAAGAACGUGAGAAUUUUGAGAGAUCGAUCAAUCAGAAAGAAUCAGAGAUUGUGGCUAUGCAAUCUCAAAUUCACCAACAACUCUCACAGAUCAUCGAACAGAAAGAAAAAAUCCAGUCUAUGGAACAAAGCUUGCUACAACGAAAAGAAGAUGAAGAAGAGGCGGACAAACCGAAAUUGGCCACUGAGUUGUCCAUAAUUGAGAUGAGCCAGAAUGCCCUGACGUUCCAAGAAGAAUUGAUGAGUAGGUUGAGCAAGUUGGAUGAGAAUAUGUAUGAGACUAUGGGAAGUAGAGUAAAAGAGUAUGAGAGUGUUUUAGAUGGGAAUAGAAUCUUACAAGCUGAGGUGGACUCUUUACGUGAGAGGCUCGAAGCAUCCGCUGAUCGAUUUGCCAAACUCCAAUUAUCAACUUCCGACUCCCUUUCAGCGCAUACCGUCGCACAACUGGCUUUAUCCGAUAGAUUAUCGGAUGAGACCAAGCGGCGUGAAAGUGCUGAAACCAAGAUGGAAGAGAUGAAAAAGGAGUUGGAGAGGGUGAAAGAGGAAAAGAUGAAUUGGAAUGUUAUUGCUAGUGAAAGACAGGCUAUGGCAAGGAUGCAAGAGAUCCGAUUACAAGCUUUGACACAGGAGAAUGUAUAUUGGCGUCAUUUCGCUUUGGAGCAUGAUAGAAGGAGAUUCAAAGAUUAUAUGCAAACGAAACCGUUCAGAAAUCCAGAUGGUUCUGAGCUGGUGGUUAAUGGUGGAGGAAAUGAAGAUAAGGUGAAUGGCAAUGAAGGUACAUGGUAUGUCGAGAAGAAAUGA